ACCCAAAAGUAGAGCAGAGUACAAGUACUUUCAUAGCAACAGCUCCUGACUUGGAAGUGCAUUCACUGCUGUCUUUCUAAAGGUUUGCCAUCAUGAAGUUAUGCCAUUCAUCCACUGUCACCUUUGCUCUGCUGUUGAUUCAACUAUCCACUGCAUCUGGGGAAAAAAUCCUGGUCUUCCCUUUGGAUGGGAGCCACUGGAUAAACAUGCAGGUACUUAUCGAGGAACUCUACUCUAGAGGCCAUGACAUCAUCGUGGCGUGACCAUCUGAUAGCUGGUACAUCAGUGAAACAUCUCCUUUCUACACAUCUGUUAAUCUUCCUGGUACGAGCGGAUUUGAAAAACACUUUGAAACUUUUGUCCCUCUAAGUCUGGAAGCACGGCUUCGGUGUAGGACUGCAUCCUUUUGGGCUUGUGCUUGGGCACAUUUUCAGAUGAAUCAAAUGGUCUUGCACCAUUUGUCUAAGUUCCAUAAGCAGAUGAGCAAAAUGACUGCUGAGAUGUUUGAAGAUGAAUAUCUGAUGAAGGCUUUACACGAUGCAGCUUUUGGCAUGGUUUUGCCUGACCCAGGCAUUGGGGGUGGAACCAUGCUGGCACAUCGACUCCAAGUUCCCCUGGUUUAUAAUGUCAGAUGGGUCAUUCAAGGUGAAGCUCAUUGGCUCAUUGCCCCUUCACCUCUGGCAUAUGUUCCGUUCAUUGCAACAGAGCUAACAGAUAAAAUGUCUUUCCUUCAAAGAGUCAAGAAUGUUUUGCUUUUUAUUACUGUAAUGUACUAUAUGCCAACCAUUACAGAACCUCAUUACAAGCCAUUAGUUGAGCAUUACUUUGGUCCUGAUGUGGACUACAAUACAUUUUUCCUGGAUGCUGAUAUAUGGCUUAUGAGAAAUGAUUUUGUCUUUGAAUUUCCCCGUCCUACAAUGCCAAAUAUAGUCUACAUGGGUGGAUUUCAGUGUAAGCCCCCUAAAUCACUCCCAGUGGAGCUGGAGGCAUUUGUCCAGAGCUCUGGAGAGCAUGGGAUCAUUAUGAUGACCCUUGGAACUUUAGUGGGGAAGCUUCCUCAGGUACUCACUGAAGAGAUUGCUGCAGCUUUUGCCCAGUUUCCUCAAAAAGUGAUAUGGAGGUACACUGGACCAAAACCAUCCAACCUUGGCAACAACACCUUAUUGGUCAACUGGCUGCUGCAAAACGACCUCUUGGGACAUCCCAAAAUGAAAGUGUUUGUAACCCACGGUGGCACCAAGGGCAUUCAGGAAGCGAUUUACCACGGUGUUCCAAUAGUUGGACUGCCCUUAUUCUUUGAUCAGAGUGAUAAUCUCUCCAGAAUUAAAGCAAAAGGAGGAGCACGAGUGGUGGAUAUUUCUUAUCUUGACAGAGACAUUUUUGCUGAUCAGUUAAGGACAGUUAUUUACAAUUCCUCUUACAGGGAAAACAUGCAGAGACUGUCAGCACUGCACAGAGAUCAGCCUAUCAACCCUCUGGACAAAGCUGUGUUUUGGAUAGAAUAUGUGCUCAGGCAUAAAGGGGCCAGUCAUCUUAAGGCACAGUCCACCAAAAUGCCUUGGUAUGUUUACCACUCCAUUGAUGUCAUUGCAACUUUACUGUUAAUUUUACUUUUUGUGUCAUUUACUUUCAUUUUAACUGUACGGUUAUUUUUUAAGAUUUUUUUGAAGAACAAAGUGAAAGCAGAAUGACAUGCUAUGAAUAAUUAAAUGCCGGCUGUGUCUGUGAAAUUCUCUUUUCAAAUUUCAACAAAAUAAUUAUAUAAUCAAUCUAUGUAAGAAAUUGGCCUUAACUGAUCUAUUGCAGUGUUUUUGCUUUGUACAGUGUGUGAAAAUGAUCAUUUAUCAUAACAAUAAAACAACUGGAU